GGACAAGUGGAGAAACGAUCAUCUCCAACAUCGCUUGUGUGGGUUUAACAAUGAACGAGAAUGGAUCCCUCUAUGUCACUGACGUUGGAAAACAUGAAGUGAGACGAUAUCGAAGAGGAGAAUCUCAAGGAACAGUGGUUGCAGGUGACAAUGGAAGUGGAAAUCGUCUCGAUCAACUCUCUUACCCACAAAACGUAUUCGUCGAUCUAGAUCAUUCAGUUUACGUGUCUGAAUGGGGAAAUCAUCGUGUGAUGAAAUGGGUGGAAGGUGCAAAACAAGGCAUUGUCGUGGCUGGUGAUCAAGGACUAGGAAAUGGUCUUACACAAUUGUCAUAUCCUGAAGGAGUCGUUGUCGAUCAAUUGGGCACUGUCUAUGCGGCUGAUUAUGGGAAUGAUCGAAUCAUGCGUUGUCCCAAAGGAGCCACACAGGGAAGUGUCAUUGUUGAUGGAAAUGGUAGAGGAGAACAAUCGAACCAACUCAAUCAGCCCUUCGGUUUGUCAUUCGAUCGACACGGCAAUCUCUAUGUCGUCGAUUAUGGAAAUCAUCGAGUACAAAUAUUCAAUAUGAAUUCAAAUGCACAAGAUCUGUUUAGAAUAGAUCUUGAUACAAUAUAA